AUGGAUAAGAACUUACCGGCGUUGUCUCCCAUCACCGAAGUUUCCAACGAAACCUCCAUGACUGCGUCCGAAGUAGAGCCCUCGACAACAAAGAUGUUCUCUCAAAUCCUCAUCACGUUGCAGGAGAUGAACAAGUGUCUGGCAGCAAUGGCGUUCAGAACCGCCAAGACAGACCGGAAAAGGAGCUGUCUUUCGCAUCCACGCAUCGUGGCUCAUUGCACGACGCAUCUGUGA